AUGAUUCACAAAACAUCAUGUCUUCUUCUUCUUCUUCCUCUGACUCUCAUCUUCUUUGAUUUCAUCCUAAUCUCAUCAUUAGCCAAACCGACCCCAAUCACAUCCCUCAGUGUCUUAACCUACGGAGCUAAACCAGAUGGCUCAAAAGACUCAACCAAAGCCUUCUUAGCCGCAUGGCAAGUCGCAUGUGCCUCUCCUAAUCCCACAACUAUUAUUGUACCAAAAGGACGGUUCUUGGUCGGAAACCUUGUAUUCCAAGGCACCAAGUGUACGAAUGCUCCAAUAUCUUUUCGUAUAGCCGGUUCAAUUAUUGCACCGAAAGAUUUUAGAGUUAUCGCAAACUCACUACAGUGGAUCAUGUUCGAUGGAGUCACUAACGUUUCAAUCUACGGUGGUGUACUUGACGCACAAGGCUCUAGUUUGUGGAAAUGCAAGAACAGUGGUGGCAAAAAAUGCCCUACUGGUGCUAAGACUUUGUUAUUUACUGAUUCGAAUAACAUCAGUAUCUACGGUUUAACUUCGAUCAAUAGCCAGAAGUUCCAUAUAGUUAUCGACCAGAGCAAUAACGUUAAGAUUGACGGCGUUAAAGUUUCUGCUGAUGCGGAUAGUCCUAACACCGAUGGGAUUCACAUAAAGAACUCUCACUCCGUGAAUAUCACUAACUCGAGAAUUGGAACCGGGGACGAUUGCAUCUCCAUCGGUCCAGGAUCCACUUAUGUUUCUAUACAAGGCAUUCAAUGCGGUCCAGGCCAUGGCAUCAGUAUCGGGAGUCUUGGUAGAUCAGAGGACGAGCAAGGAGUGGAGAACGUGAUGGUGAGUAACGUGGAUUUCAUGUCAACUGAUAACGGAGUUAGGAUCAAGACAUGGGGAAAAGUUAGCAAGAGUUUCGUACGAAACAUUGUUUUCCAACAUAUUAAUAUGAAGAUGGUCAAGAACCCGAUUAUCAUAAACCAACACUAUUGUCUUGACAAACCUUGCCCUAAAAAGGAAUCUGGAGUUGAAAUAUCAAAUGUGAGAUAUGAAGAUAUACAAGGGACAUCGAAUACGGAAGUGGCGGUUAUGUUGGAUUGUAGUAAGGAUAAACCAUGUACCGAUAUUGUAAUGGGUAAUGUGAAUCUCGUCUUGCAAAUGGUUAAUGGGUCGGCUCAGGCUUCUUGCAACAAUGCAAAUGGAUUAGCUAAUGAUGUCGUUGUCCCGUUCACUCCUUGUCUAAAGAGAGACUUGCUUUUGACAUGA